AUGUUUUCUGUAAAGUUCACAGAAGCCCGUGUGUGUAGCUAUGGUGGUGGAUACUCCGAUGCUUUGGGUCCUAUGAGCGCAGCCAUGGGACAGCCGUUUCCCCCCAUGGGUCCGAUGGGUCCUACAGGUCCUAUGGGUCCCAUGGGUCUUAUGGGUCCGAUGGGUCCUCCCAUGGUCCCAGGACCUCCCAUGUUCAUACCUUACGGGGAUGACGACGACAUCGAGGAAAUCUUGCCCUGGCUGAUUCUUAUAAUGUCUGGGAGAGGAUUUUAA